AUGCCCACCCCACCAGACCUAAACCUCACAACCCACCGCAUCCCCACCACCCACGGCCUCAUCCACGUCCUCGACACAGCCAGCUCCUCCUCCCCUCAAACCACCACCACCACCACCUCCUCCCCCUCCUCCUCCCCACCAACCCCACCAACCCUCCUCCUCCUCCACGGCAACUCCUCCUCCUCCCAAAUCUUCCUCCCCCUCAUCGCCCUCUCCCUCUCCCCCAACUCCCCGCUCCACCACCACCGCAUCCUCGCCCUCGAUCUCCCCGGCCACGGCCAGAGCAGCGACGCUCCCCCCUCCGACGACGACCCCGAGGAUUCCCUCGACAAGCACUACACGCAGCCGGCCUACGCCGACUGCGCGCUGCAGGUGUGCGCGGCGCUGGGGGCGCGCGACGUCGUGGUGCUGGGGUGGAGCUUGGGCGGGCACAAUGCGGUGGAGAUGGUUGCGCAGACCACGGGAACGACAACGACGGGGACGACAACGACGACGCAGCAGCAGCGGGGGACGGUCAGGGUCAGGGGCAUCAUGAUCACGGGCACGCCGCCGGCGCUGGGGCUGGAGCAGGUGCGGAGGGGUUUCACGCUGGGCGAAGGACGAGAAGAAGGAGGCGAAGCGCAGCACGUCAACCUCGCCGCGACGGAGCGCUGGACCGACGCCGACUUCGACACCUUCCCGUACGAGGCGGCGCGGGGCGAGCGCGCGGCGUGGAUCCGCGACGCGGCGGUCCGCACCGACGGCCGCGCGCGGCGCGUCAUGUUCGACGCGUUCGAGGCCGGGAGGGGGUGCGAUCAGGUGCGGGUGGUGGCGGGGGGGAAGGAGAAGGAGAAGGGCAAGGGCGGGGUGCCGUGCGCCGUGGUCAACGGCGUCGACGAGCCGUUUGUCAACCUCGACUACUUGGACGCGAUCGAGUGGGGCGGCAACUUGUGGGAGGGCAGGUGUCAUCGGUUGCCCGGGUUGGGGCAUGCGCCGUUUUGGGAGGACCCCAAGGCGUUUUUGGGGUAUUGGGAGAGGUUUGUCGGGGACUGCUGCUCUGAGACGACGACGGGGGAGGCCUGA